ACCAAGGCAUGGCGUAUGUGUUGUGCUGAAACGUCGACCGGUACCGCGGCCCAAAAGGCACCAGCACCACAGGCAUGCUAGCUAUAUAUAUACUACAAGGGCAAGUCUACUGGAUGCCUAAUAGUACGUGACAGCUCCUUCAGAAACAUCGAAAACCACCGAACCAGUCACCACCACGCCUCGGCCUCGCGCAACAUGCUGCCUCAUGUCGAGAUGCCGGUACCGGGCAGGGCGGCGGCCGCGUGCACCGGCGCGGCGGGCAUCAAGCUGUUCGGCAAGGUCAUCACCACGCCGCCGCACCACGCGGGCGCCGCGCCUCCGAGGCUGCAGCAGGCGGCAGCGGCGUCGGGGCGCGGGAGCGCCGACCUACUGGAGGAGGUGGCGCGGGCGCGCGCGGCGGCGGCCGAGGUGCGGCUGCCGUGCCCGCGCUGCCUGAGCCGGGACACCAAGUUCUGCUACUUCAACAACUACAACGUCAACCAGCCGCGCCACUUCUGCCGGGCCUGCCACCGCUACUGGACGGCCGGCGGCGCCAUCCGCAACGUGCCCAUCGGCUCCGGCCGCCGCAAGAACCGCCCGGUGCUGCUCCCACCGCCGGCGCCGCACGCUGUCACCGCCACCGAUAACAGCCGCCGGUCGGGCGCGGGGUCUCCUCCGGUGUUCGGCUCUGUGUUCACCGCGCCCUACCAGCAGCUCGGCGCGCCCACCCAGUUCACCACGUCGCCGGCUUACGCCGCCACCGCCCCCCUGGGGACGACGGGGCAGUGCUUGUGGCUGGUGGCGACAGCAGAUCAUCGUUCUGUUGCAUCGGGCCGCGCUUUUGAUCUGAUAUGAUGUGAAAAAUAAAUAAAUGACGUGAUUUAAUUUGCUUGUCACCGGCGGUUUGAGUGUGGUGGUUACGGUAGGGUUUGACAUUGUAUUGUAACAAUUUUUGAGUGCAUGCAUGCUCCGGUCCAGGCGCCUGUUCUAACAUUUUCCCUUGA